AUGACGGACGUUGCACCUCCUUCAACCACGACUCCUAAUGACUAUAUACUUAGUUUAUCAAACGAACAGAUAGAUCACGAUCAGAAAAUCGGUAUCAAAGCCAUCCGAUUGUUUUUACAAAGCAAAACAUCAUAUGAUGUAUUGCCGGUGAGUUACAGGCUUAUCGUAUUAGAUACGUCCUUGUUGGUUAAAAAGUCUUUGAAUAUCUUGCUACAGAACAACAUUGUCUCAGCACCGUUGUGGAAUAACAAAACGUCCCGAUUUGCCGGUUUGUUAACUUCAAGUGACUUUAUCAAUGUCAUUCAAUAUUAUUUCCAGUACCCAGAGAAGUUUGAACUAGUCGAUCAGUUGACAUUGGAUGGAUUGAGAGAUGUGGAAAAGGCUAUUGGGGUUGAUCAAAUAGAAACUGCCUCGAUACACCCUUUCAAGUCGUUGUAUGAGGCGUGUGUAAAGAUGUUGGAGUCGAAAGCAAGAAGAAUUCCAUUGUUGGACACAAAUGAAAAUGAAGCAAGGGACAUAGUGGUGAGUGUGUUGACGCAGUAUCGUAUUUUGAAAUUCGUUGCUUUGAAUUGUAAAGAGACCAAGAUGUUGUUAAAACAAAUUCAACAUACAGAGCUAAAUAAGCCGAAGAAAUUGAGUACUUGUACAAUGGAUACACCGGUCAUUGAGGUGAUUCAUUUAUUAACAUCGCACUCAAUAUCCUCCAUUCCAAUAGUCAAUGAGGAAGGAAAAUUGAUUAACGUGUACGAAACAGUUGACGUAUUGGCCUUGGUCAAAGGUGGUAUGUACACUGAUCUCGAUUUGUCGGUGGGUGAGGCGUUGUUGCGGAGAUCAGAGGACUUUGAAGGUGUUCAUACGUGUACUAUCACUGAUAGGUUGAGCACUAUUAUGGAUACAAUUCGGAAGUCGAGGUUGCAUAGGUUGUUUGUUGUUGAUGAUGCAGGAAGGUUGGUUAACGUGAUUACAUUGAGCGAUAUCUUGAACUAUAUAUUGUUUGGAGAAGAUUAA